GUAAACACAUCCCUAACCUAAUUAUCUGAAACGUCAACUUGAGCACCUACAAAAUAAUUGGGCGUAGAUUAAUAUCAAGAAUUAAAAGUUAUGUGAAUAACUCUAGAACUCUUCAUAUUUUCCUUUUCUAAAUAUGACUUCUAUAAGUCGAAUUCUGCAAAAAGAAGUAUUUCAGUCCAAUGAGGAAAGACUUAUUACCUGCUGUAAUGUUGGGAAAUACUUAAAAAAAAAGAAAUCAUCUUUCCUCUGCAUUGUUAGCAGUACUACCGUUCCGGUAAACAUAUCAAUAGUUCAGCUAAAGCAAACUGAUAAGCACAGUUUCAAACGUAAAAGAACAUGGACUUUGGCCGAACUCAAGUCGAUUGAUGGUCACAAUGAUUCACCAGAGACUCAGGAGUUCGAUAUGUAUUUUGAUAAAGUUUAUAGAUGGACUGCUUCAGACACUAGGGAGAGGCAGUCUUUCAUUUACAACUUAUGGAGGCAGGCUAAAAAACAUAUCCUGAAAGAAAUGCCUACAUUUAAAAAUGUACCUAUAUCAUGGGUAUCUGAAUAUGCAAUGACCCCUGAGAAUAAAUUCGAAAACUCUGAUUUAAUGGAAAUGGAAAAUGACAAUGACGAUGAUUUUCAGGCUAUUACAGAGAAGGAGCAGGAGGAUCUAAUGAAUUUAAUGCAAGAAUGUAAGUUUACCAUUGGAAAUGCAGAGUCCUUCAUGGAACUUUUGAAAAAAGAAUUAUCAAUGUUAGAUGAAAAGAAUGUCCAAUGUGUUCUUGCAUCAGAAAAACAGGUCGAAGAAUUAAUGAAGAAUUUGAAUGAGGCUAUCGAAGAAGCAGAAAGGCUUGAGUCUCUUCUAGAUUCAUAUGAUGAAAUUCUUUGUCAUGUUAAGGAAACUAUGGAGAAAAUGGAAAAGAAAAAUUCUAUGAUAUCUAUUGCUAAUAAAAAUAAUCUAUUGCUCUUAGAGGAAUUGGAAAAAAUAGUGACUCGGCUCAAUCUCUCUCAUAAACAUCAGAAAAUAUUGGAGGAGUCGGAUUUUACCACUCCUGAGGGUAUGAAAAGUGCAAUUGAAGCUGGUAAUGCUUUGAAAGAUGCUAUGAACUCCGAUAUUGAUAAAGCAUUACUGCAAAUGAGUGCUGUCCAAGAACAGAGGAGGCGUUUCGAGAAAUACAAGGAAAUGUUUGCUAGAAGUAUUUCUAGACAACUGAAUAACUUAUUUAUCCAUUAUGGAAACUAUAAGGGGAAACUGGAUGGUAUUUCUAUGCCCUUGCAUAAUAACAUCCAUAUUGACUUGGGUUCUUACACUGAGUUGAUGCAUUGGUUGAAAGUAAUGGAUCAAAAGUCCUAUAGACAGUUGAAAAAUGUAUAUACAGAUUCGUUUGGGAAACUGUACGAGUUGAAUUUGAAGAGUUUAUUUGAGAGUGCUAGAGAUAAAAUUGGAAUUUCAACAACUUUGGCUUCCCCUACAUCAUUGUUAGGUCAUGAUAGGGACACCUGGACUUUAGAAAUAUCAACAAGUGACAGGAAAAAAUAUGAUGACAUAUUAGAUCAAGUGUUGACCCAGUUGGAACCAGUGUGUCUACAAGAACAAAUGUUUUGUGUAAAUUUUUUUCAGUUGGACGUCCUGAGUCCAAGCUCAAAAAAUACUCUCACCACUUUGGAUGGAACUGAGACGCAAGUGGAAACAAUACCUCAAAGAAAAGUCGAUAAGCAAAUAAAUGAAGAUGUUAGGAAUAUGAUGACUAAUUUAUUUUCCUGUCUGAAAACUGAGCUGGAUAAUCUAAUUGAUAACAUAAAGAGACAGGAUAGUUUUUACUGUAUGUAUGUCCUGGUGAGAUUGAACGAUCAUGUUAUGACAGCUAAGAGUACCUUUCUUAGCAAUACAAUUGGUUCUCUGCUGAUUGAGAUCAAAAGAUCCCUCGACCAAUUUAUGCAGAAUCAAAUAGAAUCGAUUGUUGAGUAUAAGCCUCAGAGGAAAGCGAAAUGUGGCAUAUUAGCCUAUGUGUCGAAUUUAGAAGAGUUUGCAACACAUGCUGACUGUUUAUUGAAGAGCGGAAGGAGGGCCGAUUUAGAAAAAUGGUAUACUAGGCUGGUAGAUACAAUGCUUGAGUAUAUAUCUGUUCAUGCUAAUGAGCAUAACAAGACACCACCUCAAGUUGUUAAGAUGGAAAACUACCACCAUUUAUAUUCCUUAUUAUCCCAACUGAAAAUAUCAGUUCUGGAUUCCCAGAGGAAGGAAGCUAAACAAAAAUAUAAUGAUGCUUUACAGGCUUAUGUAACAUUAUAUUUCGGAAGGCCUCUUGAAAAACUCAAUAAUUUUUUCGAAGGGGUUCAAGCAAGGGUAGCAAGUGGUGUCAAAAUGUCUGAGGUUAGUUACCAACUAGCUUUUAACAAACAAGAAUUGAGAAAAGUCAUUCAGCAAUAUCCUGGAAGCACGGUUAAGAAAGGUUUAGAAGCUUUAUAUAAAAAAGUUGAGAAGCACCUUUCAGAAGAGGAGAAUUUACUUCAAGUCGUUUGGAGAGCUAUGCAAGAAGAAUUUAUUAGACAAUAUAAAAUGUUAGAAGAUCUUAUACAACAAUGUUAUCCUGGUUCUUUAAUAAAUCUAGAAUUCACAAUCGAGGAUAUUUUGCGAUUUUUCUCCGAUAUCGCGAGGUCUCAUUAAAAAAAACAACCACCAAAGUGAUUGUCUGCUAUAUAUAAGUUUAUAUGUUAUGUUAAAAAUUUGUUACUACCAAUAAUGAAAAUCUUAAAACAA